GAUCUCUUCUCCGCUCCGUUCCCGUUUUCACCCUUGCGCGUUUCAAUCGGUCUCCCCAGGUAUACGCGUACGUAGAGACGCGGUCGCGCAACCCUACCCCCUACCCCCCUUUCGCUCGCUUUCUUCCAUUUUCCUUCUCUCCGAGCCGAGCUUUCGGUAACUCCGUACGUACGAACGUAAGUACGUACGGCGGAGUGUCGUGCGCGCGUCUCGAGUGGAUGCUAGGCGUCGUCGCGAGGCACGCGUCCCCAAACACGGACAAGUUUAUCGCGCGAUUAUCACGGGAUCCCCGCUGGAGGAGGAUCCUCCGGAUCAGCGGACUCGUUCCUCCGGAUCCGCGGUUGCGAUCGAGCCACCCGCACAGCGUCCGUCAGAUCUAGCCGGAUCUACCACGGCGUUCGCGAUUCUCUUCACGAAAGUGCGCUAGCCAGGUCCUAGUGAUCGCAAUCGAAGUGCCGAGAAUCGAUUUUCAACCGCGGAGGAACGAACUGCCUCUGGACCGCGCCGGUUGUUUCCCUCGCGACGCGCGAAUACUCACGCACCACCCGACGCCGGAAAUCUCACGUUUCUUUCUCUUGGAUCAUCCGUAGGUGCGGCGCAUACCCGAUGCAAACCGAUGCCCAUCACUGUACGAGCGGGCCUGCGUUUCUACGUUUUCAAACAGUGAAGCAAAGCUGCGAUACCGUGCCACGAUAGAUGCGACAGUGAUACGAUAUUACGCGUUUAGCGUAGAAAUAUUGGUGAUUACGAGAUUCAGAGUGAGUGGAUUUAGCAAACUGGAGGAUUCUCGGCGAGCGGUUCAAGUGUCAUCAGUGAAACCCGCCCCCCAGAUUCGUAUACGAUACCAGUGUCUUCACGGUUAGUUUCGCGCCGAUGUAGGUGCCCCGGCUGCCUCCUAGAGAAACCUAGAACGUAGAGGAUGGUCGGACCACCGACGACAAACCGAUCCGCAGAGAUCGCGAUGAGGUAGUGCUUCGUCGGACACGUGCAAGUGGGUGACUGUUGUGCGCGGAACCGGGAAACCUCGACAGGGUUUCCCGCGGAAGAUCCACGGAUCUCCGAGCGAGUAUAUCGACACAAGACCGUCACAUGUUUCGAAUCCGAUCCAAGCCUGCGUCUAAGGAGAGAAGACCUGGAGCCCGCACAGAUAAUCGAGCAUCCUCGAAGGACGCAGAUGCCCCGAAGGAAACAGCACGCUCCGCAACGUAUGAAAUGGGAGGACGGAGUCGAAGGCUCAGGGCCUGGCACGGACCUCCAAGGGGAGGAAGGCGAUUGCGUGGAGGAUGACGGGCCGAUUAGCCCUAGCGAGAGGGGUUGUGCGGCUGCAACCAAAGAGGAAGAGGAUGGCGACGCGACCGACGAGGAGGACGACGAGGAUGCAACGCCGCCCACGCCACCGCCUUCCGCUACCGCGAGAUUGAAUCCCACGAUUUUAAGGGACACGGGACCUCCCGACAGAGAACCAAUGAGUCCGCGCUGUCCCUCGAGAGAUUCUCGGGAAUCGUCCGGUCCGGCGACUGGUAGUCCACCGCCGCCCGCAACGAGAAGCAGCGCGAGUCCUGUCAGCCCGAGCGGCAUCGUGCCCCUUCCGCUCGGCAGUCAUCCUCUGCUACCGCCCCAUUCCGCGGCAAUGAUGGCGGCGUAUCUGCAACAGACUCACCAGAGGCUGCUGCUCGGACACUCGCCCCUGUCUCGGGGCUCGGUGUCGCCGUUGGUCUCGUCCUCGUGUUCGCCGCCAGCCGCCACUCCGGGUCUGCUGGUCUCGCCGAGCAGCGUGGGCGAAGUGUCACCAUCGGCGACACCGUUGCCAGCCGUCCUCGACUUCAGCACGAGAAAGGCUUCUUCGACCGAGGACGACGAGGACGAGCAGAUACUGAACCUGAGCAAGCCACCGACCCCCUCCUCGUCGACGGAAACGAACAACGGACCCCUGGACCUGUCCGUGCCCAGCAGAAAGCGGCCAGGUCCCGAAGACUCUCCGCCACCACCCGUGCGCAAGUCCUCAAGGUUAGCAGGUACCGCGGCGGCCGCGACAGCCCAUCAGGAUCCAACGCAAGCCGUGAGCGCGGUCGGUUUCGGCAGGCCCCCCGUCGUGUCGCCGUGGACGUCGCCCGUGGUGGCCUCUCACUUCCCCUAUUUCGCCGCCGCGGUAGCGGCAGCGGCCACUAGUCAGCAGCAGCUCUCGCCGAAGAGCACCGCCGGCGUGAUGGACCACCAUCAGCUCUGGAACGGCAAGAUGAAGCCGCCGUCCGCGUUGGAGAAAUCGUACCAACCGAGCGAGGCGACCAAGGCGCUCGAGAAGAUGUCCGAACUGAGCAAGUUGGGAGGCGAGGAUCUGUUCAGGUCGUCGUCGGGUGCGACCUCCGGUGGACCAGGUGGUGUAGCGACCGCCGCUGGAAACGUAACCGGUUCGACGUCGGGCAGUCGACACAGCGCCUGGCAAUCGCAUUGGUUGAACAAGGGCGCCGAUCAAGCAAAGGACGUGCUAAAGUGCGUCUGGUGUAAGCAAAGCUUCCCCACGUUGGCGGCGAUGACGACGCACAUGAAGGAGGCGAAGCAUUGCGGCGUUAACAUGCCGGUGCCACCCGCCGGAUCCACGCUGCAUCCCCAACAGACGAACGUACAGAGCAUUCCGACGCCCCAGCAAUCUCAUCAGCCUCAAACGACGUCGUCGGGCAACAGCGGAUCCGGUGGCGGCGGUUCCGCGACGCCCAGCAGCAAGCAGAGUCCAUCCGAGCUGAACUUGCUGAUCAAGGAGACGAUGCCGCUACCGCGAAAGCUGGUGCGCGGCCAGGACGUGUGGUUGGGCAAGGGGGCCGAGCAAACUAGGCAGAUUCUUAAGUGCAUGUGGUGCGGACAGAGUUUCCGCUCCCUGGCCGAGAUGACAUCGCACAUGCAGCAGACGCAACACUACACUAAUAUCAUCUCUCAGGAACAGAUCAUCUCCUGGAAAUCAUCGGAUGAAAAUAAAGGCGGCGGUGGUGGGAGCGGUGGAAGCGGAGGUGGCGCUGUGAGCGCUGGUGGCGGUGGGAGUGGAACGACGGUCCCUGGCGGUGGUACCACUGGUCCUCACGGUGGGAACACCGCAGGGCCGGGUUCGGGAACGACCAGCAGCCACGUGAGCGCCGUGCUGACCUGCAAGGUUUGCGACCAGGCGUUUAGUUCGUUGAAGGAGCUGAGCAACCACAUGGUGAAGAACUCGCACUACAAAGAGCACAUAAUGCGCUCGAUCACCGAGAGCGGUGGACGGCGUCGACAGACGCGGGAGAAACGCAAGAAAUCGCUGCCCGUGAGGAAGCUGCUGGAGUUGGAGAGGGCUCAGAACGAGUUCAAGAAUGGCGAUGCCGCGGCGGGUCUUGGCCACAGCCUCGGGAAACACGCGGGAAGAAUAACCUGCGAGAAGUGCGGCGAGAAGAUCGAGACGACCAUCUUCGUGGAUCAUAUACGUCAGUGCAUCGGUGGGGGCACGGUGAGUGCGAAUCAACGGAACUUUCUGAAGAACGCGCUCAUGUCGAAUCACUUGCCCGCGACGUUGCCGCCGUCCGAGAGCGGUCGCAAGAGCGUCAACGAGGACAGUUCGCCAGUGUCCUCGAGGCACCAUCGGUCGCCAUCCUCGGCAAGCGACGCGACUACUCCUGGCAAAGACACCCCAACCCCGACCGCCAACGAGACUACAGGCAGCUCUUCUCCUUCCGUUCUGAACGCCAUCGAGAAGCUGAUUGAGAAGAGCUUCGAUUCCCGCGUCAGGCACGGGACGCCAGGCUUGCAUCACGCUCAGCCUGGCGCGCCGAUGGGCACGAGCAUUCUGAAGCGGCUGGGCAUCGACGAGAGCGUGGACUACACGAAACCGCUGGUGGACCCGCAAACGAUGAACCUCCUGCGAUCGUAUCAGCAACAGCAACACCAACAGCAGCACUACUCGGCGAGCACGGCGGCGCGGCGGGAACGCAGCGGAAGCGAGUCCAGUUCCGUAUCGGAACGAGGCAGCGGCGGUAGAACCGACUCGAUGACGCCUGAAAGGCGUUUAGACCUGUCCGUCGGACAUUCGGAGAGGCAUUCCCAUCACCAUCGCGCAACACCCGACAAGCAGCUGACCCCGCAAAGUCUGACGUCGGGACGCCAUCACCCGGCCGCGGAAGAAUCCGGUGACGAGGAGUCGAUCGCCUCCGCGACCGCCGCUGCUGCGUCAGCGGCAGGCUCGACGUCGGUGGUGGUGAAGAAGGAGCCCAGGGACGAGGAGAGCGAAGAACGAAGCGCAAACGACGAGGAGCAGUCUCAGGCUCAGUCGAAUCGGGACGUGUUCGUAAAGAAGGAAAUCAUGGAGGACUGUAGAGACGAGGAGGAUCAGGGAUCGUUCAACCAUCGACGCAGCAGUCUGCACGAGGGUUCGGAGGAAGGCAGGGAGGUUCUCUCGCCUCGCGUAAACCCGCCGACUCCCAGGUCGAGCGGACAAAUGGAGCAGCUGGCUCGCAGUCCGUGCAGGAACAGCACCAGCAGUCCUACGAGCAGCGACCGAUCGGUGACGCCACGCGGAACGCCAGACACCAAAGGAUCCAGCAGUCUCGGGGCGCUUUCCUCCAUGUUCGACAGCCUGUCGGGUGGUGGCAGCGGCGGUGGCGGUGGUGGAGGCGGAGGUGGUACGGGCAGCGCGGUCGAUUCGCAGGGGCGCAAGACCAGCAGUCAUCCGUUGGCUGCAUUGCAAAAGCUUUGCGACAAGACGGAGACGAGAGGUCCUAGCGGCAGCGCUGCAAGGUCCGGCAGCGGUCCCGGCUCGACAUCGAGCCACGGCGCAGCCGCUGGUAGCGGCGUUGGCUCGAGCGGGCCUGGAUCGGGUACCACGCCAGGAGCGAUCCUGGCGUUCAGCUGGGCCUGCAACGAUGCCGUCGUCACCGCCGAUUCGAUCAUGAAAUGCGCCUUCUGCGACACGCCGUUCAUAUCGAAGGGCGCGUACAGGCACCACCUGUCGAAAAUGCACUUCGUUAAAGACGGCGUGAUUCCGGACCCCCUGACCAUCGGCCGAUCAGCCGCGGCCGCCGCUGCGGCGGCUGCUGCGGCUGCUGCGGCCGCGGUCUCUCAGAACACCGCCACGGGACCGUCUUCCGGUCACAGUUCUUCCUCGCCCCCGACGUCCCAGCGCAACAAGUCGCCGCCGCUUCCGCAGGCGAACGGCAGCCCGUCUCAGUCAGCGGCCUCUCCCCUCGAGGAGAGCCCGCACUCGAAAUUUCUCAAGUAUACGGAGCUGGCUAAACAGUUGUCCAGCAAAUACGUAUAGUCCGAGCCCCGUAAGUAGCGGUGCCACUUGUACAUAAGUGUAUCUAUACUGUAACGACUGUAACUAGCGACCACCGGUUCGAGACCUUUCGACCUUCGAACCUCCGCCUCGACCGUCUAUCCGUUUGUUCGCGAUUCCGUUAUCCGGGCAAGACUUCCGGCUGGUGAUUAGAGUUCGAAUCUGUGCCGUCGAAAACGCUACCAAUUUUCAACACCGCGAACCAUCGAAUCGUUUCGAACGUCAUUCGGUGCCGGCACGUCUCGAAGGAAUUGUUAGGACUCGACGUCUAGUUCGAUCUUGAAAGUUUUCAUUGAUUUUGUAGUCUUCUUCAAUCUUUGACCGACAAGUCUUAACGAGUUUUAACACUUCUAACGAGUCCUUCGUACUUUGCAUAAAUAUAUAUAUAUAGAUGAAUGUAUAAAUUAGUUUCUAGAAGUUAAUAAAGUUAUUAAUUUCGUCUUGAAAAGUGCGGAGAAAUUUAAUAAUUUAUGAAUGACAGAGUACACGAAUGACAGAGUAUACGAAUUCAUAAAGUCGUUCAUUUACUCGUACAAAAUCUUCGAAACUCAUCGGAAAUUUAAAGACAGAACCAAACGUCAAAGUAUCGAACCUCUAUGACUCGAUCGAUGAAGAACUUCGAGACCUGACAUCGACUGAUAUUCAAACGUAUUCCACUGUAACGUCGCGGAUUCGAACGUAUUCGAUCGGAUCUUGGGCCCACCGCAACUUCCGCUUCGUGGCCCCGUCCACUUCUUCCUCUCGACACUCUUCGUCUCCCUUCCGACCGAUCCUCAUCCUCUUUCGAUCGCGUCCGAUGCGUUUCCCGCGCGUCCGGACCCGCGAAUCUUAAUUUUCGCGUGAUUACUGCUCGAUUCUCACCUUCUGGUCGCGUACCACGAAUAACGGAACUUGUCGCCGGAUAGUCGACCAACGCGGGCGUAGAAAGAUAGCCGAUACAUCCGACGAGGAGGUGGAUGUCGAACGUGCGUUAAUUAAAUUGUGAUGCCACCAUAUCUCGCGGCACUGCUGAGUCAAGGGGCUCGGCGCGCGGCCAAGUUUGUGAUUUUAUAAAUACUUAAGGACAUUUACGACCGGCGAUGAGAGGCGCUACGGACGAGAGAGAGAGAGCGAAAGAGAGAGAGAGAGAGCGAGAGCGAGAGAGAGAGAGAGAGCGAGAGCGAGAGCGAGAGCGAGAGCGAGAGCGAGAGCGAGAGCGAGAGCGAGAGCGAGAGCGAGAGAGAGAGCGAGAGCGAGAGCGAGAGCGAGAGCGAGAGAGAGAGAGAGAGCGAGUAGAGCUAGGAAAAAAAAGGAAAGGCAAAGCGUGGAAGAUUGGGGGGAGGGGGUUUAGAGUUUUCUAAGGAAGGGGAGGAAAUCUUACCUAUCACAGCUGUCGUAAGGUCAGAUCAUCAUGUAUACCUCUAGAACGUAAGAGCGUAGUUGAUUAGCGCAUAGGCUAGGCUAGGGUCCGCCCCUGUAUAGGAAUCUCUUUGUUGAUACUUAUUGCUACGAAACCGGUGAGAUCGUUCGAGGUCGAACCUCCUCGAAAGUCUACGAUUACCGGACGAACGGGAUAACGAACGUGAAUGAAACAACGACGAGAUACGGUGCAAUAGCGAGGCUCGCGGUCGCUCGAAACGCGCGCGGGACGAGCACGAAUGAUAAGCGGAUGCGCGACGACGGCGACGUCCUCGACGAAAUAUCGUUUUCCUUCAACUCGUAGCGUGCGAGUAGACCAUUGUAAAUUUUCUUUGUUCAAAAUACCUAUUUAUUGCGCCGUGCGAGCAAACGCGACAUUUUAAGUGUAAAAUAACUAUCAUUAUUAUCGCUCGAGUAAUCGCGAGUACCGUGUAUAUUGAUUACAAUUACGAUUAUUCUAUAUUAUAAAAGAGAGCUGACGGAAUGCGCGGAGCGACAAAUUCUGAAUGGCGUCUUGGGAACCAGAGACGGAUAAAAUUUUCUUCGAGCAACAUAUUUUAUACCGUAUAGUAUAACGUAUAAUAUUAUUCGUAUAUUAUAAACGAGUGAUACGUUCUAUAUUAUAUUUUAUAAUAUACGAUACGAUUCAAAUAACGGAUGACCAAUGAAACCCAAUGUGUGACGAUUCAAUCGCGGACAUUCAAAUUUUCAUUAGUAUUCGAAGAACGACGGGUGGCAUGUUCAUCUUUUAUUCGUUAUUCGAGAUCUUUAUCUGGAAGAGAAUAUUGGCCGUCUCUGUUGGUAAACCGAUCGCGUUCCAGCGUGCGAGCGUGCGUGUCUGGGCGCGAACAAUCAUCGGAGCGAGUAAUCUUGUAUCUGCGUGCGUACGUCCGUCCGUCCGUGUGUGUACGUGUGUGCGUCGUUUGCUGCGUGUGCGGGUGCAUGGAACGAUCGAGAAAAAGAGUGAGAAUGAUAGAGCGAAAAGACACGACGCAGGAAUGGUAAAAUCGGAAAGGUGAGUACAGAGCAAGGAUGGGCAACUUGCCGACUCUUGGGCCAUCGACGAGUACACGAGGAAAGUGCUGGUUACAGCGAGGGUGACGAACGAGGAAUAAACGCAGGAGCAAGGCAUACGCGAUGGCCGACAGGAUGCAAGCCGGAGGCGGUGGUACCAGUGGUUGAUCGUUAUUCAAAUUACCCAUUCGAAUCAAUUUUCAGUCGAUUAAAUUUUCAUUUGAUUGAAUUCAUUAUUAUUCUAAUACUUUAUUUAGUUAUAUUCCAAGCAAUCAACGAAUAAAGUGAAACGCUAAAAAAAAAAAAAACAAAGAAUAUUGCAGACGAUGCGAUACAGUUGAUUUACCUCUAUUUGACGAUGCGUAAUGUGCAAUUCUCAUUCGAUAAUUUAUCAGUUACUUCAAAUAAAAUUUCCAUGAUCGCUCCUCGUUGAACGCGUUUCCUUGUGACUUUUGCCGUGGCGUUCGUAGUUACUAAGAGUCCAGUUGCCUACUCCUUGAAUAUAGCAAGAGCACGAUCGGUUGCGAAUGGAUAGGAAGUUCGAAAAUAAUAGCACGGAGACUCGAGGGAGAGGAAUUAGGUCGAAGGGACGAUGACUGCGCGCGUUCGAGGACGAGAAAGCCCGAAUCCGGAGCGGAACACACUUGUAUACGUAUUUCUUGUAAACUCUAAUUCUUCCAUCGCGGACUUUAAAAGUAUUUAUCGAUAUAACGAUAAUAUUAAUAUUAUUAUUGUAAUUAUAUACGACUGCUGAGAGUGGGACGAAAGGCGGGACACACGAGGUCCACGUGGACGCGAAGAAACGACAUUACGCGCACAAGAUAAACGCGGCAUGUAUACACACUCGUGGAACACGAGAGAAAACGAAAAAAAAAAAAGAAACAAACAAACAAACAAAACGUGGAUGGCCAACCGUGCGAAAAGUACGCUCGAAAAGUACCUACCUACUUACAAAUGCGCAACCACAAAGAUAUGCAUCAUGUAUACGCGACUCUUGAAACCAUUUUACCAGAUUUGUCAUUAUUUAAUUAUUUCGGUUGUAUUUUAAAAUGCAAUUAAAGCUCAAAUAAAUAUAUAUGUUAUAAAGUAUAA